GCCUAUAAGUGGGGAUGAACGAAUUUUGGUCCAUCAAUGCCACAAAAACAUUGAAGAUCACCCGAUCUCUAUAGUGUAAAUAUAACAGUAAAUAUUGAUGAGAUCAAUAUCGUCAGUUUAGUUCAUAUUUAGUGUCUGUGUAUUCAGAGUUUUCAUGUUCAAAAUGUCCCUGGAUCAAACUGUCUGUGAAGAUCUCAAAGCGUUUGAAAGAAGACUUACAGAAGUGAUAGCUAGUUUACAACCAUCAACACUCAGAUGGAGAAUUCUACUUGGCUUCAUCUCGGUGUGCACAGCAGUAGGAGCUUGGCACUGGCUCACAGAUCCAAAUACUUCAGCUGUCUCCUUCACACAGAGUCUUUAUAAUCAUCCUAUCUUUGCGUUAGCUAGUAUUUUAUUAGUUGUAUUGUUCCUACUGGGGGUGCACAGAAGAGUAAUAGCCCCCAGUAUUAUAACCCAGCGAGCGAGAAGUGUCCUAGGUGAUUUCAAUAUGAGUUGCGAUGACACAGGGAAGCUAAUCCUUAAGCCAACACGACCACCCCACCCACACGAGACCUGAGAUUACCCCUAAUAUAGAUAUAUUAUUUUUCCACUGCAAUUAGCCUGCCAUUCAACACUGGUAGGUUCAAUUAUCCCCCAACAAAAACAAAUAAAACGCCAUUUUUUCAUGACACAUGAGACCAAAGUUAUUGAAUUUGUGGGGUAAGUUCAGAAAAUCAAUUGAAUUACCAACUGAGGCGUCUUCCUCAAAAUCCAGCAGAAAAAUUGAUUCAAAAAAGAAGUGUUAGAGAUGAAAAAUCCUAUGAUGUUCAUUUCAACAAGGACAAGUUACCAAAUUGUUCAUCUGGAUUGAGAGAAUCCUCUUAUGACGAAGAAUUAAAUCUAGUGACGAUGUAUUUAUUAGGAAUAAAGGAAUUCGGAUGAAUAACACAAGAAA